CACACCCACCUUCCCAUAAAAACCUAAGGUACUCCGUGUGUUUUCUCAGAAGUACACUCUGAGUUUCUGCCAGCAUCACACAGCCACUCGCCGGUGUUUGAGACGUAAUAUCUGCAGACUAAGGAUGUAUGCGUCGGGACGGCCAAUCACACUUCUGCUGUUUUGCUUGUUCAUCUCAGCUACCUCAUCCCCUGUUUCCAUUUACACACCUGCUCCACCUCUUCCUUUGCAGAUUUCACCUCCUUCUCCCUCUGCAACAAUCCUCCCGUCUCCACCCUCUUCUCCUCCCAGCGUCUCAGAGUUUACAGCUGGAGUCGGCUGCCUGCUGACGCUGACCCCCUCCACUGUGGUGGUCAGGUUUGGAGAUCCAGUCACAGCUAACUGCUCUAUAUCGAUGAUGGGGUUUUUGGGUCUUGGGUGGAUAGUUUCACGGGCCACUUCUACAUUCACGUUGGAUUGUUCUGUGGUCUGGAGUGUGGACAGGAUGACUGAAUGGAGCAUAACGCCCAUGUGUUAUGCAGUGUCUGAAGUGACAGGGCAGUGCCACAAAAACCUUUCUCUGACCGUCUACAAGCCUCCGGAUAAUGUCUCCAUCAGCUUCGUAAAUCACGCCGGGCCGCUGUCUGAGGGUCAGCAGUACACUCUGCAGUGUGAAGUACAGGAUGUUGCUCCUGUGAAAAACCUCAUAGUGACUUUCUACAGAGGACAGACGGUACUGGGUCACAUGCAGAGCAGCAUAAACACCGAGAGGAAACCAGUGAGUGAGGUCUUCACUUUGAACAUCACGUCCACUAAAGAAGACGAUGGGCUCCAGUUCUGGUGUGAAGCAAAGCUGGAGCUGGGAGCUGAAGGACCACAGCAGCCUCCAGUGGUGGAGUCAGAGAAACUCAACGCCACCGUCCUCUUUGGUCCACAGCUCGUGUGUCCCACUAAGCUGCAGGUGAAGGAAGGGGAGAGCCUGAGCUGCGAGGCGAGAGGAAACCCUCAGCCGUCCGUCACCUGGUUCAGACACGGACAUGCGGUCGCCCUGCCUACCAACUCCAGCAGAGAGCAUGCUGGGAAAUACACCGUCUCUGCACAUUCUCUUCUGGGAGAGACAUUUUUAACAGUGCAAGUGGAAGUCCUCACUGGCGAAGGAACUACCAACAGCUGUACCAGGCAUUUCCUGUUGGCCGUCUUGCUUAUCUGGACCAUCAACUGGUUGUAACCUAAAAGGACUCAACGUGAUGUGUGAUGAUUUCCCCCCCCAAAAUCUGUGAGAGAGAAAUCUUUGUCAGCAAAAACUCCUUCAGCGUCUCUGUUUUGUAAAAUUGAUCUGUUUUGGGGCCCUAUUCUGCUUGUUGGGGUUUUCCGUUAGGUUUGUGUGGAUGUAAAUGGUCUGCAAAGGCUAAAAUCCCCCCAAAAUAUUACACAUUAGCUGCGUCUCAGUUCUCUAAACUUGCAUCCCUGCUUCGCUCACUUGCAUCUUUUCCAAGUGAAGAGAGAGGAAGCAAGGAAAUUAGUUUUAAGAGCAAUGGGAAUGUUACAGUAGAGACACAAAAGAAAAAUAUAAACCUGAAAGUAAGCAUAACAGAGCCCCUUUAAUCGCUUAUCGUGCAUCCUUAUUUUCAACACCCCGAACAAAUAAUGGGAAUCUUAAAAGCAAAUAAACUGAUCUGCGAUGAGAGCUUCUGCACAGAUACAUAUUCUUACAGUAAGAUUAUUAAACUGGUCUUUAUGUCUUGAUCUGCACAAAUCACAUCCAUAUAUUCCAGACUGAAAGCUGCUGUAGAAAUAAAUUCACAAUCUAGUUUUGUACAUUUCAAUAAGUAGUCUUUUGAGACUUUAUGGACACUUUGCUGGACAAUGUUAGCGCCUGUCUUGUGCACAGUGCUCAAUUUUCUGUAUAGCUACGAAAAGGUGGUGUCCACACUUUUUGUUGCAGAUCUUAAAGUCAUGUUCUUUCUGCUGCAUAUUAAAAUGCUGAAUUCUUGUGUCUGA